AUGGUUGUGCUGAUACAGCUGUCUAUGGGGCCAUCCUAUGAAGAGGUUUUGUUUGACAAAACUGGUCCUGCUUUCUUGGAGGACAGGAAAGGUAAGGCAGCCUGGAGGCAUAUGGGACUCUACCUUCCUGAAGAGCACACAGCAGUUAUAACAUUCCCUUGCCUGAUAGUCGGUGCUGGUCUGAAGAUGUAUCCAGGGGAGACCUGUAAAAGCCAGUGGAAUACCUGUAUCCAGCACUAUUCUGCUCCCUGGGCAGAACUGGCUGUUGAGAAUCGCAUCCAGAUGGUGCCAUCUGACAGCAUCCGCUACAUGGAGAACCCACAACCGCUGCUGACCCUGUGCAAUGAGAUCAUGGUGGCAAUAAGCAAAUUGACAGCCAUACCAAUAAAAUUCCCAAGGGGAACUGACAUCUGUGCCUUGCAGUCAACAAUCCGUCAGUACCCAGCCCUCUGGGCCGAGCUGACCACAGAGAACAUCAUCGUGAGGGUACCAGCUGCUGAUGUAUGCCCCAUGGACAACGCAGAUCUGCUUUCCAUCUGGAACAAGAUGAUGAAUGCAAUAGCCAGACUGGCAGCCAUCCCAGCAACUUUUCCAAGGCCAGAGAGGAUGGUGGCAGAUGUCCAGAUACCUCCUGGUUGGAUGCAUGCUGGCUACUCAGUCAAUCAUCAUUUGGGCUCAGUGACAGAAAUGGUAGAUGUGCAAUCCCUCCAAGCCAGUGAGCCUUGGGGUGCCAUUCAUGACCUUGGCCACAAUCAGCAGCAAUCUGAAUGGGAGUUUCCCCCUCUCACCACUGAAGCCACCUGCAAUCACUGGUCUGAUUAUGUGAGUGAGACUGUGUUGGGCAUCCCAAGAGAUGAGGCCCACAAUUCCACUUGUACUAGAACUUAGAAGAGGAUUUGAGAUUACAUUGAAAAUGGAUCACAGCUGAAGGACUAGGAAGUAUUUACUGCCCUGGAGACAUGACUGCAGUAAUCUGCAGGCCAAUUAAGCUUGCAACAGAUUUAGAAGCUGGUCAUUUUAAUCCAGGGCUGCUUCUUUCCUUUUCCUCGCUUUCUACAACCACUUGAUUCUCACCCUGGAUUGUCUCUCUCUGACUAUUAGUCUCCAACAGUGUCUUUGUUCAUAGGAUUUCACAAACCAACAUGAGUCAGUCUUGAUCUGACUCUGAGUAGCACACUUCAGCAGGAGAUCCAGGGCUGCAGGGAAAAGUUUUUGAAGCAGUCCUCAAAAAAUGUACUUGUUUUGAAGUCAUUUGUCAUCUCAGCACAGUGUAAAGGUCAUUGGUCUGUGGAAUGUUCCAGUUUGGGAUGUGAUGGUAAACCACAGCCUUUGGGCAUUACCAAAGAUUACUUCUGAUCAUUGAUAAUUGUUGUGUUGUUUUUUUUAAUUUAAGCCAGCCUUUCAGUUUUGUUGGUGCAACAUUUCACUCAGUAGUACCCAGGAUUAGUUGAUGGUCCAAACGCAAAGUACAGAGUCACCAAGCAGGGAGCGUGUAUUUUGUGCCGAGAGAAGAGAGUCUUAUGUAUAAGUAUGCAGAUGUAUUGUAAGUAUGCAUACUUAUAAACAUGCAGAGGUGGAUUGAUACUUGUAUCAGUCUUGUUUUGAGCAAUUGUAACAACUGUGGAAAAAAAAAAAAAGUAGCAAUCAAGCCUUUAAGUGCAGCCAUGCCCUUCAGGAUGAAAAGAACUUAUAUAAAUACUUGAUUUUUGGUUUUGUGUGAAUAUGAGAAAUAUAGGCAUUUUGAAUAGUCUAACGGUGUUAAAGGGCUAUGCUGAUUCUUCAGUAGGCAUUUAGAAUUUGUCAG